GCGGCGGGGGGCGCACUGGCCGGGGCGGGAGCCGGGCGCGAGCAGGAGCAGCGGCCCGGAGCGCGGGGGAGCGAGCCGGCGCGAUGGCCGUGGCCGUGGGGAGACCGUCCAAUGAAGAACUCCGAAACCUGUCCCUCUCCGGCCAUGUUGGAUUCGACAGUCUCCCUGACCAGCUGGUCAACAAGUCCACUUCCCAAGGCUUCUGCUUCAACAUCCUCUGUGUCGGUGAGACGGGCAUCGGCAAAUCCACCUUAAUGGAUACUCUAUUCAACACCAAAUUUGAAAGUGAUCCAGCUACUCACAAUGAACCAGGUGUCCGGUUAAAAGCCAGAAGUUACGAGCUUCAGGAAAGCAACGUACGGCUGAAGUUGACCAUCGUUGACACUGUGGGAUUCGGAGAUCAGAUAAACAAGGAUGACAGCUAUAAGCCAAUAGUGGAAUAUAUCGAUGCCCAGUUUGAGGCCUACUUGCAGGAGGAACUGAAGAUCAAACGUUCCCUCUUCAACUACCACGACACGAGGAUCCACGCGUGCCUGUACUUCAUCGCCCCCACGGGGCAUUCCCUGAAGUCCCUGGAUCUGGUCACCAUGAAGAAGCUGGAUAGUAAGGUGAACAUCAUCCCCAUCAUCGCAAAAGCCGACACGAUUGCCAAGAACGAACUGCACAAAUUCAAGAGUAAGAUCAUGAGUGAACUGGUCAGCAACGGCGUCCAGAUCUAUCAGUUCCCCACAGAUGAAGAAACGGUGGCAGAGAUCAAUGCAACCAUGAGCGUCCACCUCCCGUUUGCAGUGGUCGGCAGCACCGAGGAAGUGAAGAUUGGCAACAAGAUGGCGAAGGCCAGGCAGUACCCCUGGGGUGUGGUUCAGGUUGAGAAUGAGAACCACUGCGACUUCGUGAAGCUGCGGGAGAUGCUGAUCCGCGUGAACAUGGAGGAUCUGCGGGAGCAGACGCACACGCGCCACUACGAGCUGUACCGGCGCUGCAAGCUGGAGGAGAUGGGCUUCAAGGACACCGACCCCGACAGCAAGCCCUUCAGUCUUCAGGAGACCUAUGAAGCCAAAAGGAACGAAUUUUUGGGUGAGCUUCAGAAGAAAGAAGAAGAAAUGCGACAAAUGUUUGUUAUGAGAGUGAAGGAGAAAGAAGCUGAGCUCAAAGAGGCUGAGAAAGAGCUCCACGAGAAAUUCGACCUCCUCAAGCGGACACACCAAGAAGAGAAGAAGAAGGUGGAAGACAAGAAGAAGGAGCUGGAGGAGGAGGUGAACACGUUCCAGAAGAAGAAAGCGGCUGCGCAGCUCCUCCAGUCCCAGGCCCAGCAGUCUGGGGCUCAGCAAACCAAGAAGGACAAGGAUAAGAAAAAUAGUCCUUGGCUCUGCACGGAAUAAAUGAUACCCUCAAAUCUAAUUGGAUGUGCUUUCGCCUUUGCAUCUUCUUCUUUAUGUAACCAUCCUGUUGACAAGCCCUACUCUCUCCUAAUGGACAUAGAGCAUUAGAAGAGCAGGAACUGUCUGUUCACACGUGUUGGGGAAGAGUUACCUCAUUUCCACCAUCGCCUCCUAUUCUCUUAAGAGUCGGGGUCAAAGAUUGCACUGCUGUUUGUAUCUGUCAAUGUCUGUUUUGCAAACCACUGCCCAUAGUGACUCCUAAGGGAACUUGUCACUGCCUCCCCCGCAGUAACCCUUCACACUACAACUUAAGUGGAAAUGAAACUGAGGACACGGGCCAACCCCAGCCAAGGUGCCCACGGAUGGGGACCCUCUGGCCUAGCGGUCAGUGCUCUCGAAGCUGCUGGUCCGAGAACGCACGGACUGAAGAUAGCACAGCCCUAAUCUCAGGUGGCCCCCAAAUCCAUCACAUGCUAACUCCAGACCUCUCUGCCUGGGCAUCGGGAUC